AUGUUGAAGCCAUACUUUGUUUUUCUGUCCGAAACUCUUAGCUCGCAUUCUCAAUUGGAAGUUCUUCGAGUUCGUCUUGGAUUUUGUGGUAAUAUUGUUGUUGAGAAAAUUGGUCGUAGCGGUGGUCUCUGUCUAAUGUGGGGGGACUCUGUUGAUGUUGAGCUUAUCCAAUUCUCUAAGUUUCAUAUUGACGUGUUCAUCCAUGUUGUUGGUUCCCCAUCUUGGCAUUUUACGGGGUUGUAUGGUCAGCCUGAUGCUAGGCUUAGGAAGGAUUUCUGGCGUUUCUUGGGUAUGUUGGCUUCGUCUUAUGACGGUCCUUGGUUGUGCGGGGGUGAUUUGAAUGAAAUUAUUGUUGCUAGUGAGAAAGAUGGUGCGACGACUAGGCCCAAUUACCUCAUGAGGAACUUCAAACAAGCUUUAUCUGAUUGUGAUCUUAUUGAUUUGGGUUUCUCGGGCCCAAAGUUUACUUGGUGUAAUCGGCACAAAGAUAGCACGUUCACUCAGUCCCAGUUUCAUUAUGAGACUGCUUGGGAGGAAGAUGAGGAAUGUGGGAAUAUUGUUUCUUCGGCUUGGAAUAGCGGUGUGGGGUAUAACUUUGAGACUUUGGCUACUAAAAUUGCUAAUGUUGCCACUAAUCUUGGUCGUUGGAACACUACUGUGUUUAAAAGGCAUCAUAAGGAUAUUAAGAAAAAACAAAAACAAUUAAAAAGUUUGGAUGCUUCUCUCUCAGCUACUAAUUUGAAAGAUUAUGUGUCUCUUGAGAAGGAAUUGGAUGUGCUUCAUUACAAAGAAGAAAAAUAUUGGGCACCCCGCUCUAAGCAGAAUUGGCUCAAGCUGGUGUUCUGGCAAGAUAACCUCGUGGGAGUCUUUCAAGACUAUUUCCAGUCUAUUUUUGAGUCUGGUUCUCCCACUUAUGCUGAUAUGGAUCCUGUUCUUAAUGCUAUUGUUCCCAAGGUCACUUCUCGUAUGAACGAUCAACUGACUAGACCCUAUACUGGCGAGGAUGUGAGGAAGGCUCUUUUCCAAAUGAAUCCUUCUAAAAGUCCUGGCAAGGAUGGUAUGUCUGCAGGCUUCUAUCAGAAGUAUUGGGAUACUGUUGGUCCUGAAGUUAGCUCUAUUUGUCUCCAUUUUUUGAAUGAGGGUGGGCAUAUUAAAGGUAUCAAUUCUACUCUUAUCACUCUUAUCCAGAAAAUUGAUGAUCCUAAACAUGCUUCAGAUUUUCGUCCUAUUAGUUUGUGUAACGUGCUUUACAAGAUUAUUGCAAAAUCUAUGACUAAUCGAUUACGUGAGAUUUUGGGUUUAGUGAUUUAUGAUGAGCAGAGUGCCUUCCUCCCUGGACGUCUUAUUACUGAUAAUUCCAUGAUUGGCUUUGAGUGUGUUAACCAUCUGAAACGGUGUGUUAAAAGUAAAACCGGUGCUUUUGCUCUCAAGCUUGACAUGUCUAAAGCCUAUGAUCGUGUUGAAUGGAGUUUUUUAUGUAGCCUUAUGAGGAAACUGGGCUUUCAUGAGAAAUUGAUCAGUUUAGUUCUGGCUUGUAUUUCUUCGGUUGACUAUUCUUUUAAUCUGAAUGGUGAAAUAUUGGGUAAAAUUAUUCCUGGCAGGGGUCUUCGACAAGGUGAUCCUUUGUCACCCUUUCUAUUUCUGAUCUGUGCUGAAGGUUUGUCUGCUCUUGUACAGCGUGAUUGUGUGAAUGGCACACUCUCGGGUCUCUCUUGUGGGCGUAUUGGUCCCCAGGUCUCCCAUCUCCUUUUUGCUGGUGAUAGCCUUUUCUUUUUCAAAGCAUCAGUGUGUGCUUGUCACCGUUUUAAGCAGCUUCUGAAUUGGUAUGGUAAGGCUUCUGGUCAACUUGUGAAUUUUUCUAAGUCUGCCAUGUGUUUUAGUUCUCGGAUUUCUUCUGGUGAUGCUGUUGACAUGGCCUCUAUUCUUGGUGUUCUAGUGGUUGUUUUCCAUGAGAAGUACCUUGGUCUUCCCUAUUAUGCUGGGCAGAGUAAGAAAGGUCUUUUUCAAUCCCUCAAAGACUGUAUUUGGAAUAAAUUGUUUAGCUGGAAAUCUCGGUCCUUCUCUGCUGCUGGGAAAGAGGUGCUUAUUAAAUUUUUCAUCCAAUCUAUCCCUGCUUAUUCUUUGAACUUGUUUAAGCUGCCUGCUAGUUUCAUUAAAGAAAUUCAUCGGCUCUGUGCUAGAUUCUGGUGGGGUGGUAAUGUGGAUAAACAGAAAUUACACUGGUGUACUUGGGAGAGACUUUGUUGGCACAAGUCGGAUGGAGGAAUGGGGUUCAGAGAUCUUGCCUUGUUUAAUCAAGCUUUGUUAGCUAAGCAGGCCGCAAGACUUUAUUCUAAUUCGGAUUCUCUCGUUGCAAAGGUUAUGAAAGCACUCUAUUAUCCUACUUCCUCAGUGCUUACUGCCACUAGCUCAAAAAAAUCCUCUUUAAUCUGGAGAUCAAUUUUAUGGGGUAAAGAGCUUUUUCUCUCAGGGGCUAGGUGGCUUAUCAAAGAUGAAAAUAAUGUCUCUGUGUAUCAUGACCGUUGGAUCCCCCGCCUGAAUGGUGAUAGGUCUUGUUCGAAUAAUUUUCUUCCUGAAGAUGCAAUGGUCUCUAGCCUUCUUUUUCCUGAUGGUUUUUAUACUGUCAAAAGUGGAUAUUGGCAGGCCAUUCGUUUGUUGAGGAUGGACCAGGCUUCAGGCCCUAAUGGAGUUUUGGGUCUUGAGAUUUCACUCCAUGCUUUAUGGAAUUGUGAUAGACUGAGUAACUUUAGACACAUGGUUGGUAAUAUUAUGCAUGUUCCUCCUUACACUGAAAUGGAUAUUUAUGAGUUUUUGUUAAAUUGCUUAGAUUCUUUAUCUGUAACUGACUUUGGAAAACUCAUUGUGUGUUUAUGGCGUAUUUGGUAUCGGCGUAAUAUAUUUGUUAAUGAGAAGACUACUCUUCCUGAUCAGAUGGUUAUUGAAUGGAGCUUGGCAUUUCUAGAUCGUCACUUGAAUGCCAAUGGUGGCUCUUUCCACGCCAGUGAGUCCUUGAGGGAAACUCUGAAAGUGCAUCGUUGUGAGAAACCAAUGGAGGGUGUUGUCAAAAUUAAUUAUGAUGCUGGCCUUGACCAUGUUGCGAAGAAGGCAGGAGCUGGGGCGGUAUUUCGUGACUUUCAUGGCAUGGUCCUUGCCUCUAGUACGUGGUCAUGGGAUCAUUUAUUGGACCCUACUAUUGCUGAAGCCUUGGCGGUUUAUCACAGUAUUUUGUUGUGCUCAAGACUUGGGUAUCAUAUGGUGGUCAUUGAAUCUGAUUGUGCCAUUGUGGUCCGUGCUAUUAACAGUCACAAGAUUGAGCAUUCUUAUCUAGGAUAUAUUAUUAGGGAUAUUCUUUCUUAUUGUAAUUCUUUUCAUAGUAUCUCCUUUAAUUUUUGUCCUAGAAUGGCCAAUGGUGUUGCUCACUCCUUGGCUAAGUUUGCUUUAUCUCUUUCUAAUGAUUUUAUUUGGUGGCCUGGAUACCCCGAGUGUAUCAAUGUUGUAAUUCAGGAUGACAUUACUUGA